CUUCUGCAUUCCCCUAUAUAUCUGAAGGACGAUGUCCACACGCUGCACAUAACGCAUAAGGAAAGAAGACAAAGAAGAAGGAAAAGAAGAAGAAGAAGAAGAAGAAGAUGUCUUGGCAAACUUACGUUGAUGAGCAUUUGAUGUGCGAUGUAGGCGAUGGCCAGGGACACCACCUUACCGCCGCCGCUAUCGUCGGCCAUGACGGUAGCGUUUGGGCUCAGAGCGCCAACUUCCCUCAGUUCAAGGGACAAGAGUUCACUAAUAUAAUGAAAGAUUUCGAUGAACCGGGUCACUUAGCUCCCACAGGGUUAUUCCUAGCAGGAGCCAAAUACAUGGUGAUCCAAGGCGAGCCCGGCGCUGUUAUCCGAGGCAAGAAGGGAGCAGGAGGCAUAACCAUCAAGAAAACAGGACAGUCAUGUGUAUUUGGGAUCUACGAAGAGCCAGUGACACCAGGACAGUGCAACAUGGUCGUCGAGAGGUUGGGUGAUUACCUCCUCGAACAGGGUCUCUAGGCCCCGUCCCACCUCCUCAAACCUUCUAGAAUGUUCCCACCUUCU